AGGAAAGGAUGAAUAUCUAGCACGCUCACAGAACUGAUUGGCGCCAGGGCUGUUGUGGCCUUCCACAGGAAACUCACCAAAACCCCACAGAAUAUCUGCCCACUUGCAUGAUUUCAACCUACCAGUGCCUCUGAUCUUCAGACAGCUUUGUGGAGCAUUUAGCAAAGCUGCAAAAAUUUGUUUUACAGGGGAAACCACCUGGGCAUUGUGCUAGCUCUGAACCCACGCUCCGUGAAGGAAGAGCUCUACUAUUUUGGAUAUGUGCAUUUCCCUGACUCAAGAAUCAUGAACACGAAAGCCAACAGGAAAACAGCAGAAUAUCACCCAGCAGAUUCAAACAGCAGGAAAAUAGCUUUGCCAAAAAAUAAAUCUUGCCCAAACAUACAUGAAGUAAUGAAUCUGAAUAUACAUCCAAAAGAAAAGAGAACUAUUCCUGCUAACACCUUUCAUUCUAGUGAAUACUUGACAAUGAAGGGCAGGAGUGACUUACAGCUUUCCUCUGAGCUAUCCGAGGAGGAAGACAAUAUGUACGAGACUGUAAAUUCUUCAGUGCUGGAGGCCAUUCAUUCUUUGAGAAUCCUUCCUGCCAAACCUCUACAAGAAUCUGAAUAUGCAGACACACGCUGCUUAAGGCCUUCAGGUACCACUUCCCCAACGAGUGAGAACCCAUCUCAGCCCCCUCAACAUUCAGCCAUUCACCCAUUUGAUCCGGAGGGAAGAACAGUGCCAAAUGUAAGAGGAGGAAGAAUGAAAAUACAUGGAUACCAGGAGCCUACACCUCCCCCACGGCCUCUGAAGAUGCUGCCAAAGCAGUAUCAGCCCCUUCCUCCAGAGCCAAGAAUAAGCAGCCAGGUCUUGCACAAGAGGAACACGCUCAGCCGAGAUCCCACCUUUCCAAUAUCAGCAAAAGUCACAAGACAUUCAUCUGUCAAGGAAUCAAAUAAAGCACCUGGAAGAGAGCAAGUUGCAAGUUUGGGGAAAAAACCUGAAGUACCUUUUCAAGCACAUAAGCAUCAUCCUGAAGCCAGCCCUCAAUGUACACGGAACUCUAAAAAUAUUUCCAGAUCAGGUUCCACAUUAAGCGUAGAUAAUUUGACAGUGAAGAAGCCACCACCUCCUACAUCAUAUGCACCAUGCAAAAAUAAAUCAAAACAUUUGCUUGUAGAACAGGAAAUGCAAUCUCUUACCAAACCCACUGAAAAGGAUUUAAACAAAUGUGAGUGGUACGUUGGAGAAUAUGAUCGCCAUAAAGCAGAGAAGAUCCUGUUACAGAAAAACACUGAUGAGACAUUCUUGGUUAGAGAUUGUUCAAAGAAAUCAAAGGCUGAACCAUACGUUUUGGUUGUUUAUUAUGGAAGAAGAGUAUACAACAUUAAAGUACGAUUUCUGGAAGAAAGCCAACAAUAUGCCUUGGGAACAGGGCUCAGAGGAGAGUGUAAAUUUAAUUCCGUGGAAGAGAUCAUUGACUUCUACAAAUCCGUUCCCAUAACGCUCAUUGACGGAAAGGAUCAGUCAGGAAACCACAGAGAACAAUGCUACCUCACACAUCCAUUCAAGUCAUGCUGACCCUUUCUUCCUCACUGUUGCUGAUUCAUCCCUACAGAUAUAAAUAGAACACUUCUUGAAACGUCCCAAAAAUCAGAUUCGGCUCUUGAACAAGGAGCUCCCCAAAACAUAAUGAAGAAUUACAGAUCUACUCCAUUUUUUGACUGUUGCAUUUUCACUUCAGGGAUACAAGUAAAGAAUGUGUCAACAUAUUCAUUCACAGGAAUGUGUUGAGACCGACUCCUGAUACUUUGACAAUGACUGACCAGUUUG